GUCCCGGUACAUCUCGGCGUAUUUUUUCCUGUCUCUUGAAUCCACAUUUAUCUGUCUUUUUUCGUGGAAUAGCCGCGUUGGAAAGCUCUUCUUGCUGCUGAUAAUAGACAGACGGGUUGUUUCUUUCUUCUUCUUUUCCCCUUGGAGAAUGGUGAGUGAUCAAUGGGGAGUGAACAUGAAUAGCUCAUCAGAAGUCGAAGAUGGACAUGGACAGCGGGCUAAAUCACAGACCUUCUGUGAGUGUGUACCCAGUUCAUCACAGCUCAAACACCGCUGGUCUGACUCUGACGCAGUCAGGCAAACAGCUCCCAAGAGGAUGAGCUGCAGUUACCUGCUUUGCACCAUCCUUCUUUUCGUGGCUGUCCUGCUAGCCAUUACAGUAACAGGCACCAUUCUCUUUCUGAACCACUCACAGUCUCCACCAAUUUCAGAUGGCCCAACACAUAUCUCCACUAAUCAGGAUGAGGCCAAUGCCCUGGUUACAGUUGAGCGAGGUGACGGCUCACGCAUAAACAUUUUUAUCGACCCAAACUGCCCUGACUACAACAGUAAUUUCCUGCGAUUAGAAGGAGUACAGACCUCCCUACUUCACUCACUUACGGAUCAUGACUCAGACCUCAAGUCAGUCAAAGGCCAGGACCGUGCACUAUUGGUCAACCUUGCUGAAGAGGUUGCAAAGCUUUCAGCACAUGCUGGCCAACUGAAAAUGGAUUAUGAGUCUCUGAGGAGAGGUCAAAACAACUUGGGACAGGAGCUUAACACUCUGCAAACUGAACAAGGAAAGCUUAUACAGCUGCUCUCUGAGAGCCAGCUUAAUAUGGUGAAGGUGGUAAACUCAGUCAGCGAUGCUUUGAACUCCAUGCAGAAGGAGAAUGGAGGCAUGAAGGCUCGUGUGAAAGCUGACCUACAGAGAGCUCCAGUCAGAGGAUCUCGUUUCAAAGGUUGUGCUAAUGGUUCCCGUCCUCGUGACUGUAGUGAUAUACAUGCAAGUGGUCAGAGAGAAGAUGGUGUAUAUUCUGUGUUCCCGACUCAUUACCCUGCAGGGUUCCAGGUCUACUGUGAUAUGAGCACGGAUGGAGGGGGCUGGACUGUGAUUCAGCGCAGAGAGGAUGGGUCUGUGAAUUUUUUUAGAGACUGGGACUCCUACAGAGCGGGAUUUGGCAAGAUAACAGGAGAACAUUGGCUUGGUUUAAGGCAAAUCCAUGCUUUGUCUAUCCAGGCAAACUAUGAAUUGAGAAUAGAUUUGGAAGAUUUUGAGAACAGUACAGCAUUUGCUCAAUACAACAUGUUUGGAGUUGGCCUGUUCUCAGUAGACCCUGAGGAUGAUGGCUAUCCACUAACCAUUGGUGACUAUACUGGCACUGCAGGUGACUCCUUGAUGAAACACAAUGGUAUGAAGUUUACAACCAAGGACCGUGACAAUGACCUUUCUGAAAACAACUGUGCAUCAUUCUACCACGGUGCAUGGUGGUAUAAUAGUUGCCAUAUGUCCAACUUAAAUGGCCAAUACUUGCACGGCCAACACACCUCUUACGCAGACGGAAUUGAGUGGUCAUCCUGGACUGGCUGGCAGUAUUCGCUCAAAUUUACUGAAAUGAAGAUACGACCAACACGUGAGGAAAGGGAGAGCAAGUGAUAAAAAAAAAAAAAACUAUGGAAAAUUAAGGGAAAAUAUUGGGGUACAUUCACAGAAUAAUGCAUAAAAACAUCUAUGAGACGCUAAAAUUAAUUAUCAUUACCGACUGUGAUUGUGACAAGGAGAGAUCCUUUUAGUCACAUUUCUUUUUUUCUUUUUUUUUUGUCCUUUUUCUUUGUUUGUUUUUGUUUUAUUGCCAUGUUCAAGUGUAUUGUAUCCUCCACUGGUUUGUCUGGUCUAAAUCAGUAGCAGGGAGUGAACUUGAAAAACAUACAGUAAUAAUAAUAAUAGUAACCUCAAUUAAUUAUACAUCAGCAAAAUGGCAUAUUUUACAAUGAGGAGAAAGAUUUUGUCCCAUAAGAAAGCAAGAGCGUGUAUUAAUCUGAAAGAAUAAUUAUGCCAAGAGUGCUAUAAAAAUGCAAGUAAUUGGAAAAAGUUAAUUAUUUUAUAUAGAGGAGUAGAAACAAGCAAACUUUACAAAGGGGAAUAUUAAAUAACAGAAUUAUAUGAGCCUACUAACUCUGAUUUGUGUCACUUAUUUUGUCACAUUACUUCAUCUGUUGCAUCAAUAUAAUAUUGUUUUUAAUACAUACAUAUUGACUAGAAUGACCAUCACAACUUUGGCAUCAGUAUCCACUUGUGGACAAGGGCAUGGAGAACACUAAUGCACAAUAUAUUAUAAAUUUUGUAACUGGAUAAUUAUAAACCACUUAUCAAAAAAUGGAAUUGUCCACUGUCAGGGAUUACCUUAAGAGAGAAAAAAACAGAAGCUAGGGUAACAGUCUUAAAUAGCUGUGACAGAUUCUCCAAGGUGCUUAGAAGGAUUUACUAAUUAAUUUCCUUUAAAACUGCACAAAAUGUUCCCUGAGACUAUAGACACAGUUUUAAUGACAACAGAUCACACCAGAUAGUGCUGUUGUCUAGUUUAGGAUUGGUAUUCCCUGUUAGUAAUGUAGAAAAUGUUUAAUUUCAUUUCUUUAAACCACAUGUAAGCUUCACAACAAUUCUUUACAUGCACUUAUGGCUUUUUUAAAGAUUUGUACAGUUUAGAAAAAGAAAUUGCAUCAUUAAUUCCUUUAGGGAAUUUGAUACUUAUGCUGACUCAAUCCCAUGAGCCUUUUGUGCUUAUCUAAAACAUUUUCCUUGAGCUAAUAAAAUAUUGGUAGGAUUAAAAUUCUUAACAGACACAUGAGGCAGGGAGGGGGAGGGGAUUAACGUCAGUGGACGGAGGCUAUAUUAAAUCAAUACUGGAAUGCUGCACUAUUUCCCAUCUAUCCGUUGCCACUUAUAUAUCAGUCAUUUCCUGCAUGACAUGAUUGCCCAUUUUAAAUUUUAAAUUUUACUUAUAGUAUAAAAACAUUUGUCUGGUCAGAAAGAAUGAGUGUUGUACAUCGAUAUUUCUGUUUUUUUUUUUUUUUUUUACCUUAACACCUAAUUAUGUGUCUAAUAAAGCCACAAUAAGGACAUGAACUGAUGAUUUUUUCCCCAAGAUUUUGAAAUCUCUCAUGUAAUGAGUAUAAUUCAACAGUUACACUAAAUAUUUAAUGGUUCUUAAUGUGUGCCAUUUGUGUACAACUCAGCUGCAAGUGCCCAUUAUUGUUGCAGUACAUGCUUUUACUUUGUAACAACUUAUUGUGUUUGAAGUUACACAAUAAUAUUAUUACCUCUCUUGUACAGUACAAAACAGUGACACUCAAAGACCAGGACCAUUUACCCAUGGUACUGUAUAUUCUGCUUCUAUUGGCUUUGCUUUGGGAUAUAAUUCCUAAAUUAAAAUUCUCACUUCAGUUUUUCUUCUAUUUGUAUUUACAGUCAGGUCCAUAUAUUUUGGAACAAAAAGAAGUUGUUGGCAUUUGGCCUCUCUACCCCUCCACAUUGACUUUUAAAUGAAACACUCAAGAUGUGAGCAAAGUCAAGGCUUUCAGCUUUAAUUCAAGGGAGUUGACAAAAGUGUGGCAUUAAUCUUUCAGGAAUUAGAGGCAUUAUUACACACACACACACACACACACACACACACCAAUUUUGAGAGAGGGGGCUCAUAAAUAAUAGAAUAAAUAGCUGACAAGCAGUUGCAUGGCCAGGUGUUGCGUGGUCCCUUGUUACUACAUGAUUAAUUAAGCCGACAAAAAGACUAGAGGUGGUUCUGAGUGUUACAUUUGCAUUUGGCAGCUGUUCACUUGAGCUCUGUCAAACAUGGUGGAGGCAGUGUUGGGCUCCCAAUGGUGUGUAUGGCUGCCGAAGGUCACUUGUAUUAAUUGAUGACAUUACUGCAGAAAUAAGUCGCAGGAUGAAUUCUGAAGUGUAUAGGGCUGUACUUUCUGCUCAUAAUAACAUAAAUGCUGCAAAACUGAUCAAACUUGCUCCAUAUUUAGGAUUGAUAAUGAAAAAAAACAUUGAGUGAAAACUAACCAUGAGUUUCUCUAGGCAAAGUAAAAAGAUAUUCCUUACUAGUGAAAGUUAGUCACCUGCUCUCAACCUAGCAGAUCAUGCUUUUAACUUACUGAAGACAUAACUGAAGGGAGAAAGACCCACAAACAAGCUGAAGGUGAAUGGUUUCCAUGGGUCCAUGUCCAGACUUCAGGAAGU